AUGCCGCUGGGACCCGAUCGUCUGAAUUACCUGAACGACGUGAUUGAAUACUUAGAUGAAAUCUUUCGGGAUAUUAACCAGGGCUAUUUAUUUGAUUUUUUACCUUGGCUGAUUCCAUUUUAUACAACUCACAUAAAAAAAAUAAUGCACUGGUCAACUACUAAACGAAAAUUUAUAUUAUAUAAAAUUGUCGAUUGUCGAGAAAGUAACAUAAAUUUAGAGGAACCUGACAAAGAUUUCACUGAUGCUCUGCUAAAAAGUUUAAGAGAAGACCAGAAUGUGUCUCGUAAUACAAUAAUUUUUAUGUUUGAAGACUUUAUUGGAGGGCACACAGCAGUUGGGAAUUUGAUAAUGUUGGUUUUGGCUUACAUAGCUAAAAAUCCUAUAAUUGGUGAGCUUAUAAUGCAGGAGGUAGAUUUUGUUUCGAAUUAUGGAGUAAGGAGUAUUAGUCUUUAUGAUAUGAAUAAAAUGCCAUAUAUCAUGGCGGUAAUUUUAGAGGUUCUACGACAUUCAUCAUCUCCUAUUGUUCCUCAUGUAGCAAUGGAAGACACAGGUAUACCGGGAUUCGGUGUUACCAAGGAGACAAUCGUUUUUAUAAAUAAUUUUGUAUUAAAUAUAAGCGAAAAUAACUGGAAAUAUCCUGCUCAAUUUGAGCCGAAGCGGUUUCUAGAUCAGACUCCAGUGCUCAAUAAGUUAGGCAAAAUUACAAAAAAAAAUUACAACAAUGGUUUUCAGCUUAAGAAAUGUAUUCCACUUUUCUUACCGUUCAGUGUCGGUAAGCGCACAUGUCUUGGAAAAAAUCUGAUUCGAGGGUUCGGAUUUCAUUUACUUGUCUAUAUUAUAAAAAAUUACAAUGUGAAUAGUGCGGACUUUUCAAAAAUU